AUGGAUCUCGCCAGCCUCAUCUCCCACCCGGGACCCGAUCCCAUCAUGAAGUCUAGAGCCUCAUACAGCCCUCCCAUGACCUCUUACAAGCGGUCCAUCGAACAGACUUCCGACUCAUACUUCCCCUCCGUCCCGAUCUCCUACACCCGCUCCCCGCAGCCUCCUCUCUCCCCGCCUGUUGAGGACCACUCUCCCAAGUGCUCUCUUCCUUCCAUCUCUACCUUGCUUGAGGGCGCAGAUGGCGCAGCUAUGCACGCAGCAAAGCGUACUAGAAUGACCCCUCCUCUGCAGCGCGACCUUGAUUCCCGCCAACAGUCGCAAGCAUACGACCUCAAAGCCAACGGCCCCCAAAUCGCCCUGCCCCCCACGCCCCCAUUGCGCCCUGGGUCUAGCUUCCACAGCGCCGGCCACUCCCCCGCUUCCUCCAUCUCUGCUGCCAGCGAUGCUGCUGCGCCCAAGCGCUCCGACUCCUACCCUCAAGUGCCCAUGGCUCUGCCGAGCCCCUCGGAUCGGUCGUCCAUCUCCAGCCAGGGUUCCGUUCAGGGUGUCUCCAGCGCUUCCUACGCUUCUCCCGCUCCCAGCGUCUCUUCCUACUCCUCUCCCAUUGAGCCUUCGGCCUCCUCCGCCAUGUUCUACCAGCGCACGGCGCCUUCCACUUCGGCCGCUCCUCUCCCGACACCGGCAGCACCGCAACAGAUUAUCUCCCCUGUGAACCCUGCCUGGCAACACCACCACUACUUCCCUCCCUCCAGCACCACGCCCUACCAGCAGAACCAUGAUCGCUAUAUCUGCCGCACCUGCCACAAGGCCUUCUCGAGACCUUCCAGCCUGCGCAUCCACUCUCACAGCCACACGGGCGAGAAGCCCUUCCGCUGCACCCACGCUGGUUGUGGGAAGGCCUUCAGUGUGCGCAGCAACAUGAAGCGUCAUGAGCGUGGUUGCCACAGUGGUCGGCCCGUCGCAACUGCCAUGGUAUAA